UGGUGGUGGUGGUGGAUGUAUUGGAGCCAUAGCAAAGGAAAAGUCCGUGAUCCGGGUAAGGGACUCCUGGAAAGGGCUGCUGCCAUAUCUCCAUUGUAUUACUGGCUCCAAAAAUCGCUUACUUAAAUUUUAUUUUUAUUCCUCGGAGCUUUAUUAUUAAUUGAUUAAUUAAUACUAAACUCCGCCCGAUUUAAUUGAUUGUGUGUCGGUGGUUUGUCAGCACAUUUUAUAUCAGAGGAUACUUUCGAGUGCCAGCUGAGAGGUGAAGUGUGUUAGUAGUACUGUUGUUGCUGGUGUUGAUUUUCUCUGCUCUGUUAUAGAGACAAAACUGGAAACUGACAUUAAUAAAAGUGACCUGUGACCGGGGAAUAAUUAUCGGGGAUUUUAUUUAAACAAAUAAACCCAGUGGUGGAUGGUAAAAGUCAAGUGGGUUGUUGUCAGGCGUUGCUUGGCUCGAGUGUGCAUUUGAACGUGUAAUUAGACACCAAGACUUAACAUACACACUGAUACAAGUAAAGAUAGAACACACCAAAAAGAAAGCACUUACACCUAUAUAAGAUUAUUUACAAGUGUGUUGCUUAUAACAGUGUGGAGGCAUGUAUUCCCUUACGGGUCCCUCAUUUGAGGGUUGACAUUGCUCUGGGUUAUUAUACUUCCAGACUGCACAUACUUGUUAAUUCAACGGAUUUCUCCGACACCUCUAGUGAGCCGUGUACCACCUAGCGCCUUACGGAUUGUAAACCGCAGUCAUAAUGAGGGACCGACUUUCGUGGUACAUGGUAUUCUUAAUUCUUCCAACAAUUUUAUUGGCUCGUUCACUUGACAAAGAUCGCCGAGUGCCGUAUAAUAUACCGCCCGACUGGCGUGCAUUGUGGUACAGCAAUCUUGAUGAGCUCCAAAGAGUCAAUGAAGCAAAUGAUAACAACACGGUAUCCAAUGUCACUGUCCAACUGGGAGGGACUGCAUUUUUGCACUGCAAAGUCCGCAAUAUUGGCGAGCGUUCCAUCUCCGAUGCCGAGAUAUCAUGGAUACGUCGUCGAGACUGGCACGUAUUGACGAGUUCUUUAUUCACCUACACAAACGACGAACGAUUCCAGGCACUUCAUCCGGAAGGCUCGGACGACUGGACACUACAAAUAAAAUAUGUUCAAGAGAGAGAUAAUGGGACGUAUGAAUGCCAGGUAUCAAGAAGCACAGGAAUAAUAUCACAUUUCGUGAAUCUAAACGUGGUGAUACCAGAGGCAUUUAUAUUAGGCAGCGAGGAGCAUCACGUCGACGUGGGUUCUAUAAUAAGCCUCGUAUGCAUAAUAGAAAAGAGCCCUACGCCUCCUCAGUAUGUGUUUUGGUAUCACAAUAAUCGGAUGAUAAAUUAUGAUACCGCGAGAGGAAGUGUCAGUGUACAGACAGAGCCAGGACCAACUCAAAGUCGUCUUACAAUUCAGCAAGCAGUUGAAACAGACUCGGGAAAUUAUACUUGCAGGGCUUCCAACACUAAGCCCGCUUCAAUCUUCGUCUUCGUAACAGAAGGUGACAAAAUGGCGGCAAUUCUACGCCGUAAAACGUCGUCCGGGGGAGAACGGACAUUAGGAGAGUUGAUACUGGCGUUGAUAAUAGCCAGUACCCUUUUAGUGCGAUAAGCAUUUUCAUCAAAAAUUUGUCCAUUAUUAUCACUAAAUAAUUGAGUUGUCAUAUUGUCAUAUAUAUA